AUGGCCGAUACUUCUGAGCCAGCGGCAGAAACGCCAUCUCAGAGACAGGCACGCAUUAGGAAGGAAAAGAGAGAAGCAAAGAUUAGGGAUGGGGGAAAUGCAAGGUUGAAUAAGAUUAUUGGGUUAGGUGGUGGUUUACCUAGAGAGGAGGUCCCGUCGCCAGCGCCAGCGCAAACGGUUCCUAAGGCUACAAACCAUGCGGAUCCGGAUGAAGUAGACAUUUCGAAUCAUUAUUAUGAGCCGCAGACUCGCACGCCGAUCCAGAGGUCUCAGAGUGGACAGCAGCAACAGCAACUAAAUGAUGAUCAAUUAAGGCAAAUGAUGUUGGGUAUGGAUCCAGGUUCUCUUGGCGGUGCUCCUGGCCAAAAUCCUUUCGCAGGUUUCCCAGGUAUGGGAGGCGCACCUGGUGAAGACGGCGCAAAUGAUCCCAUGAUGCAAAUGUUACAACAGAUGAUGGGAGGAAUGGGUGGACCACCGGGCGAAGGACAAGCUGGCAUGCCUUCCUUUCCCGGUAUGCCUGGUAUGCCCGGUAUGGGAAUGGAAGGGCAAGCUCAAGCCGCUGCUGUUGAUCCUUAUGCAUAUAUAUGGCGCAUCGUUCAUGCCGUGUUCGCAUUAUCCCUCGGCUUGUAUAUAGCGCUUACGACUUCGUUUACGGGGACUAAAUAUGCGCGCGAGGCGUCGGGUUUGGCGAAUGAUGGAUUGAGCGCGGAUAGUGUGCAUUUCUUUUGGAUCUUUGCAACGUCAGAGGUGGUCUUGUUGACCAGCAGAUUUUAUUUGGAGAAGGGGAACUCUAUGCCAGCUGGUAUGAUGGGGACAGUAAUGGGUUUCUUGCCAGAGCCUUGGAAGAGUUAUGUGGGCAUGGUCUUAAGAUAUGGACGUAUUUGGGGAACAGUCAGUGGGGAUGCCAUGGUUUGUGUAUUUGUGUUGGGAGUUUGUGCUUGGUUGAGGGGUGGUAAUUAA